AUGCGAAACCGCGUCCCACGCUACCUCUUCCGCGCCUUCGACGAAUCCAGCGGCGGCGGCGGCGAAUUCUCCACCAUCAACGCAACCGAAAUCAUACCCCGAGGCUACAUGAACGGCCGGCAAGUCACUGGGUUCUACGAAAAACCGGAGAAAGAACUGCAUGCCAUGGCGCACGCCCACUUCCUCGAAGACGAAAACGUUCUGACUGAGUUCAGCUCGUGGGCUGCUUCUCUUCACACAGUUCUUUGCUAUGCGCAUACUUGUUCUCUGGAGUAUGGAGAUGUUCACGUUGCUGUGAUUGAUCGCGAGAAGCUGGAUGGCGAGGUGAGGAUCUGGUGGGUGCCGCAUCUUUUGGAUCCGGGUGAGUAUCAUGGCGAGCAUGAAUAUUUGGCGCAUGGAUGUAUCCGGGGGUUGGGAUAUACGGCGGUGCCUUUUAAGAACUUGAUGGUUGGUGGGCUUUGCCCUACUGUCUUUCCUGAACUCACGGGUUGGGGGAAGGGGAGGUCUCCCGACUUCGGCGACGGAUUGAGAGACAAGAUGUUUGGGGAGGAGUUGGUCGGGUACUACGACUAUCAGACUGAACGUAUCAAGCAAAUAGGCAAGUUGUUUGGAGACCUUGCUUUGCCAGUUAUGCUCGCGUUGUUGACUCUGAGGCCGCGAUACCUUGCUCGAGCUUCCGUACUGGUCAAUAAUGCGGAAACGGCGCAUUCGGAUUUCAUGGACUGGCUGCUUACUUCGCUGGACAUUCAACCCCUUGAAUUCGUUCCCGAAGAGGAAGAUUGGUGUCGGCCAGGGGGAGUUUACACAUGCCAUGAAGGCGACUGGAAGGCUUAUCCGGAUGUUGAACAGUGGAUCAAAUUGCUGAGUAUGAUUGGCGAGCGGCAGUCUCAACGAAGCGCAGAAGAGGAGAAGGGGGGCGGAAGUGAUAUCAAGGAGGAGAGCGGUGUUGACGACGGAAGCAUGCAAGAUCAGUUGACAGAGUCUGAGUUGCAGGAUCUGGACGAGGAAGAUUCGGAUGAAGAGAUGUUAAGCGAGAAAGAGAUGGACGAUGAAUCGAAUGAAGAUGAUUAA